UUCAGACUGAGCACACACGCACUUGGAGAGCUCUGUUGCCGAGGACCAGCUGGAGAGGGAAGUCACUAUCCAAACGCAGGCAAGAGCACUACUCCCAUCGGAUCUCAGAAAUACAUCGGAGAGUUUCCGAAAUCUCUCGCAGGUGAGAAACUUCAGGACAAUGGACUUCGUCAGGUGCACUGCUGGAGAAGACGGUGGAUUCCCUGGAGCGUCUUGAACCCCUAGUUGACCCUAGACAGUGUCCACCAGACUACAAGAGACCCAAGGAUCUGCCAUGAGUAUUGAAUAAACAAACGCCAUUUGUGCUCACUAGAGAACGACAAAAUGGAGCAGGAUUACUCAGACUUAACCAACAUGACAGAGCUAUAUUUUUCUCCUGUUUCACAGGGGUACAUUAUGGAGACAACUAACAAUGCAUCCACCAACUCAACAUUACACUACUAUGACCUGACGAGCAAUGCCAUCCUGACCUUCAUCUACUUUGUGGUAUGUAUUGUUGGACUUUGUGGAAAUACACUGGUCAUUUAUGUCAUACUCCGAUAUGCCAAGAUGAAGACAAUCACCAACAUCUAUAUCCUAAACCUAGCCAUAGCAGAUGAACUGUUUAUGCUUGGCUUGCCCUUUUUGGCCAUGCAGGUGGCUUUGAUUCACUGGCCCUUUGGCAAAGUUAUUUGCAGAAUUGUCAUGACGGUGGAUGGCAUUAACCAGUUCACCAGUAUCUUCUGCCUGACAGUCAUGAGCAUGGACCGUUACCUUGCAGUGGUUCAUCCAAUCAAGUCUGCAAAAUGGAGGAGACCAAGGACUGCUAAGAUGGUCAAUGCUGCCGUAUGGGCCAUCUCACUUUUGGUCAUCAUGCCCAUCAUGAAUUAUGCCGGGGUACAAUUAAACCAUGGAAGAGGCAGCUGCACCAUUAUCUGGCCUGAUAACUCUGGCAACUGGUACACUGGUUUUAUCAUUUACGCCUUUAUCCUAGGAUUUCUGGUUCCUCUCAGUAUUAUUUGCCUUUGCUAUCUGUUCAUCAUCAUCAAAGUGAAGUCCUCUGGGAUAAGAGUUGGCUCCUCCAAAAGAAAAAGGUCAGAAAAGAAAGUUACAAGGAUGGUGUCUAUAGUGGUAGCGGUUUUUAUAUUUUGUUGGCUCCCAUUCUACAUCUUUAAUGUCUCCUCUGUCUCACUCUUAAUAGUGCCAACUCCAGGCUUAAAAGCCAUGUGGGACUUUGUAGUGGUUCUGAGUUAUGCCAAUAGCUGUGCCAACCCCAUACUUUAUGCCUUUCUAUCUGACAAUUUUAAAAAGAGCUUUCAGAAUGUCCUUUGCUUAUCCAAGGUCAGUGGCAUGGAUGAAGGAGACAGAAGUGAUAGCAAACAAGACAAAUCUAGGUUAAACGAAACAACAGAAACGCAACGCACAUUGCUUAAUGGAGAUCUUCAAACCAGCAUCUAAGGAUACCUUAAGUUUUAAAACAUAGCAUAUAAAGCUGUAUAUAUACAAGCAAAUCCACCCUAAAACAUCUUGACUAGAUAAAGGCUAUGAAAGUGAAUGAACCAGCUCAUGGAUGUUCUUCAAAAGUUGCUUGGCAUGUAGGCAUAGGUUUACAGAGUCAAGCAGUUACUCAACCAAUGCUAUUAAUGUCACAAAUAAUGUACAACCUGAAGAAUUUGUAGAAGUUUGCACCCAGUACAGUUCCAGUCUUCAGGAGUGUCUACAACCAAGUAGCCUCCGUCUAAAAAUGUCACUGCCGGAUCUUGUGUAUAGGGUCAAGUUGCUAAAUAACAUACAUAUUGACUUUGUGUGGGCUCCAUAGGAACAGUUCCUUCUAGGUGGAGGUAUAAACUGGGGUUAUUGAAGAUACCAAAUAUGAAAUUUGGAAGAUUCAGUAAAACCUUGCCCAACUACAGAAGAUAUCUCCCAAUGUUGUUGGGUUGUGGCUGCACUUACAAUAUGAACUACUCAAUUGUCAAUGUUCUGCAGGACUACAGGUCACCACACUGUCAUGUUUCAUAGAUGAAAUAUGGGAUUCUUUUUGAAAAACUGGAGUGACCUCUAGUAUUUUUGGAUGCCUUUCCAUAACCCAUACUCUUUAGAACCAGUCCACCUUUGACCUAUCUUCUAUUAUGUUUUAUAUUAUACAGGUGAGGCACCAACAUAAAUAGAUGUGCCACAUUGUCUCAGAUAUGUGUGCCCAGCUGUGUGUGCACCCAUACAUACAAACACACAUUAACCCAAUUUAUCUAGUGGCUAUUUUUCAUUUCUAGCAAUAACUUGAAAAUUGGUGGUCAUUUGUAUUGUUUUUUUCUCCUCUUAGCUUGGCAUAAAAUAUUUACUUUCUUGUAGUAAGUGCACUUUAUAUUCACCAAGAAACACACUGCACUUUACUUUUGGGCAAAAUCGCCAUAUCCUUGUCAUGGAGGAAAUGGAAAAUGAUGGAGAAAGUGAACAUUCUGAACUGAAUGUGGACAAAAAAAAUGGAAAAAUGUAAUAAAGCACAAGAGAUAAGGUUAAGAAACUUCUACACUUUGCAGUUUUGAAGACGAGACCUCAAAGGGGUGGUAGAAACAACCCACCAUCAUCUUCAUACAGCACAGGAUCUCCUGUAAUACUACUAGCAAGUAGUGGUACCAAAUAGGCUGCUAUUGGUUUACGUGCUUUGAGCUGCUGAUUGUUUUGUCCAUGGAGGGGUUGACACCAUACAUGAGCAUGAGGCAAACUGGUGGUCAAAUGUCCACUACUGGAGUAAAUGAUUUAAUAAUUAAAAAAAAGACAAACCCCAAGACUGGUAUAAACAUUUGUAGGGUAAAGUGAUAUAGUGCCUACAUAUAACAAAACCGCUGAAAGAUUAUCUGGUAUUUCUAUACUCAAUAUGUCACUUAUGUCUACAGAAACUGGCACUUUCAGAGAAACCAAACUUACCUGAUUUCAGCUAAUACGAACAGAGGCCUUCUGCCUGUGGAGCAAGCCUGGAGUCUAAAGUUCACAAGAAAAUGGGCAUAAGAGCUUGUGCCAUUCUGUGAAAAUAAUCUUGUGCUAUUUUUUUUUUUGUUAUUUCAUACAUCCAAUGUAAAGGGUGUUGUUGCCUGCUGUCGAGGGAAGCAGCCACUUUGUGAGGUGGACUAGUAUAGAGGCAGCUCCCAUAGUUACUAUUGGGUUAGUGGUUAGCUAACAAUGGAGCUGAGAACAUGCCAAUUGUCAAGCCACCUUUAAAGGUCAAUGGGGCAAGCAGAACCUUCUGUCCAGGAAAGGAUCCUGUUUUGGGGCCCCCUUUUCUCUAAGUAUUUUUUUUGUGAUCCACAGCCUACCAAUGUUUUGCCCACAAAUUGGCUGUUUCCCUGUGGGCCGUAAGUUUACUUUAACAGAAAUGUCUCAUGCAACUUUCCAGAUGUUCUCUAUUUGUCAUAUUUAAAAUUUGUUAUAUAUUUUCAGAAAGUGCUUAAAUUAUACAAAUGCUUGUGGCAACAUUAAAAACCAGAUAUUGUAUUCUU